AUGUCAAAGAGAACAGGAGCAGGAAUAGGAAUAGAAACGACAUUAAAGAAAGUGGAGGUUACAAUUGACAAACGGUUACGGUUAAGUGGUUCACGGAUGGAGAUGGAAAUGGGGAAGAUUAAAAAUUCAAAUGCAACGCGAACGCCAAUCAUAUCAAUUUAUGGAACCGUGCAUGUACAAAGUGAUACUAGUAAGGUACUAGUAAGGUACUAG